CGCAUUGAGUUAAUACUUUCCCCAAAUGCUUGAUGUCGGAGUCGGAGACGUAUGAAUGUGCCCAUUUUGUAGCGUGCGAGUCGUUCAAAAUUCCGAGAUAAAUAUCGUCACUGCAACUGCAGGAGCCGUAAAAGCAAGGACGUCGGUUAAGUUUCUUAACCGCCUGCCCACGCCACGUUUGCACGAGAUCUUAAGACUUCAACCACCUCUUCUUAUCGAAAUAUCAAAACCCACUUUUUCCAAUUCAAAUCCGUCGACAGCUUUAUACUGUGUUUGGAUUCUACUUCCUAGAUUCUCUCCACUGCCUUUUCCCUCUCAAUAAUAAUUCAUAAUUGAUAAUCAACUCAACUCCAACCCUUAAUUUUGGGAUUGGAUGUUCCUUGAGUGAAUGCAGUAUCUUUAAUUUGAGAAAAUUUGAGAAAAAAAAGUGAUAUGGAAAACGGGAUUGGCGGAGACGGCGGUAUAUGCUCGACGGACACGGGUAAUGGAGGGGAGGACGUCUACAGUUCUAAAGAAUCCAAUGCUCUCUCCGCUGAUCAUCUCGUUAUCUUGGUCCACGGGAUUCUUGGAAGUGGAGCAGAUUGGAAAUAUGCCGCCGAGAAAUUUGUUCAGCAGCUUCCUGAUAAAGUGUUCGUUCACCGUAGUGAGCGCAAUGCAGCGAAGACGCUGGAUGGUGUAGAUGUAAUGGGUGAUCGACUGGCUGAUGAGGUCCUUGAAGUAAUUGCAAGGAAGCCUAGUUUGAGGAAGAUUUCUUUUAUUUCGCAUUCUGUCGGGGGCCUUGUAGCAAGAUAUGCUAUUGGGAAAUUGUAUAAACCUACAACAAAAGAAAAUGGGGAAGAACUAUUAACUAAUGAAGAGUCAAAGGGUAAAAUAGCUGGUCUUGAACCAGUUAACUUUAUUACUGCUGCGACUCCUCAUCUUGGUUCUAGGGGUAAUAAGCAGGUGCCAUUUCUCUUUGGGGUUCCUGCUUUUGAGAAAGUUGCGAACUGUGUAAUUCACUUGAUAUUUAGAAGAACAGGCAGACAUCUUUUUAUGAACGACGAUGAUGAAGGAAAGCCACCAUUGCUAAAACGCCUGUUGGAAGAUGAUCAACAAGGCUGUUUUUUGUCUGCUUUACGAUCUUUUGAACGUAGAGUAGCAUACUCAAAUGUUGGCUAUGACAAUAUCGUGGGCUGGAGAACAUCGUCGAUCAGACGCAAUAGUGAACUACCCAAGUGGGAAGAUUCUGUUCAUGAAAAAUAUCCCCAUGUUGUGUAUGAAGAGCGCUGCAAGGCAUAUGCCAAGGAGAUGUGUGAGCCUACAGUAGAGAAUGACGGUUUAGAUGAGCUCGAAGAGGAAUUAGUGAAUGGUCUCUCUCGUCUGUCGUGGGAGAAAGUUGACGUAAGCUUCCACAAUAGCAAGGCCAAAUUUGCUGCUCAUAGCAUCAUCCAGGUCAAAGACCAAUCCAUUCAUUCAGAUGGUGCAGACGUUAUACAACAUAUGAUCGAUCAUUUUCUUCUGUAGGAGAGCUUCUCCAAUGAAUCUCGGUGUUGUCUGCUGCGUUAUGUACACUAGUACGUUGAAGGUGAAGCUACAAAUAUGGAAAUGGGAUGUGGUUUUGUAUCUUCUCUUAUUUAUGAUCAUGGUUAUAAGUAGUACCGAUGCAGGCUGCUGGUUCGUUUUUGUCAUUGCUGUAUGCCAAUUCACGAAAUAUUUCGUUUAUGAGAACUCUGACGUAUCAACUGUCGACUAAUGUAAAUGUAUUGAUAAAUUGAUCCAUAUAUAUAUAUGAGAGUAUUUUUAAGGA